AUGUCUUUAGCGUGCGCUUGGUACGGGUGCGGUUACGGGUGCGGUUACGGGUGCGGGUACGGGUGCGGGAACGGGUGCGGGAACGGGUGCGUCUCCGGUUCUCAGUCGGGCCCGUCCGCCGAGGGCAAAAGGGGGGGAGAGGUGUUGAUUCGUCGUUUGGUGUUGAUUCUUCGUUUGGUGUCGGUCCUUCACUUGUAUUCCACUCACUUACUUUCAAGCGCACGAACAGUUCCACUUUGA